CUGAUCACUCUGGAUGAAAUGGCCGAACCGACUGUAGACAAAAAACCGGAGGUGAAGCCUCCUCCGGGCCUAAAGGCUAUUAUAGAACACCUGGGACAGGUGUACCCGAACCAACCCAACCCCUUGCAAGUGACCACGCUACUCAAAUACUGGCUGGGAGGUCAGGAUCCCUUGGACUACAUAAGCAUGUACAAUUUUCCAGGGGAUGCCGACAGGAACAUUCCACCGCACUGGCACUAUAUCAGCUUUGGAUUGAGCGACUUACAUGGCGAUGAGCGCGUUCAUCUGCGCGAGGAAGAUUCUACACGGUCCGGAAUGGGAUUUGAACUCACCUUUCGCCUGGCUAAGACGGAAGCGGAACUAAAGCAACAAAUCGAGAAUCCAGAGAAGCCCCAAAGACCACCCACAUGGCCAGCGAAUCUGCUACAGGCCAUCGCACGUUACUGCUUCCAAACGGGCAACGGACUGUGCUUUGGGGACAACAUUCCGUGGCGCAAGAGCUUGGAUGGCAGCGCCACUUCAAAAUUGCAGAGCCUACUUGUCGCGCAAGACCCACAGUUAGGAUGCAUCGAGACACCUACCGGCACUGUAGACUUCUGCCAGAUCGUCGGAGUUUUUGAAAACGAACUAGAGCAGGCUUCACGUUGGAACGGACGUGGAGUGCUGAACUUUUUGCGUCAAGAUGUACAGACGGGCGGCGACUGGUUGGUAACCAACAUGGAUCGGCCAAUGAGCGUUUUUGAAUUGUUCCCCGAGACGCUGCUGAACUUGCAGGACGACCUAGAGAAGCAGGGUUCCGAUCUGGCUGGCGUCAAUGCGGAUUUUACGUUCCGUGAGAUAAAACCCACCAGUGCGAUUAAGGAGGAGGUAGACUUCCAGACGCUGAGUGAGAAGUGCGCCAAUGACGAGAACAACCGUCCGUUGACGGAGACGCAAAUGAAGCGCGAGGAACCGAGUUUUCCGCAGUCCAUGUCGAUGAGCAGCAGCUCGCUGCACAAGUCCUGUCCCCUAGACUUCCAGCCUCCGGCACCCAACUGCAUCUCACUAGACGGCAUUGAAAUUACCUUGGCACCCAGUGUGGCCAAGUACCUGCUGCUAGCCAUUAAGGAUCGUAUUCGACAUGGAAGGCACUUCACUUUCAAGGCUCAGCAUCUGGCUCUUACUUUGGUGGCGGAAAGCGUGACUGGUUCGGCGGUCACCGUUAGCGAGCCUUACGGUGUACUGGGCUAUUGGAUUCAGGUUCUGAUCCCCGAUGAACUGGUACCGCGUCUGAUGGAGGACUUCCGCAGCGCAGGGCUGGACGAGAACUGCGAGCCCAAGGAGAGGUUGGAGCUAGAGUGGCCAGAAAAGAAUCUGAAGCUAAUCAUCGACCAACCAGAACCUGUGCUUCCUAACGUUUUACCCAUGUCCCUCGACUCAGCUCCUCUAAAAAUGUGAAGCUGUCGAGCGUCUAACUAGUAUUAUUUUAAAUUAAUCGAAUUGAAUCUUCCACUAACAAGUAAGUUUUACAUUUAUUCACCUCUUCUAACACAAUGCACGUGGCCUAUGCUCCCAGUCGGAGUCCAGUCAAAAUAUACAUUCAUACCCAAAAACA